AUGAAGCAUAUAAAAGCUCGUCUGCUCGCAGCAGCAGCCAUCUCGACAUACAGCUACGCUGCUGAGACGAACGCCGGAGAUCGAGUCAUUCAACUCGGCAAGGGUUACUACAAUGGCACGACCAAGGUCCAGUUCACCACGGAAGCCCUCGGUGAAGCAGACUUCCUCAAGAUCGACCCCGGCCCGAACGCAACUACCUUUGACUCCUGGUACUUUGAUGCGAUGAACCCUUCGACCAACGAGACCAUCGUUUUCAACUUUGAGAUCCAGAGACCGACCGACAACGGCGCGGAUGUAGGCACCACGCAGUACCACCUAUCCCUGUUCGGAUCCUUUGCCAAUGGCACGGCCUUUAGCUACGGAGUCAACUCCGAAAUGGCCAACGUCACCGAGAGGGCGGACAAGAGCAUGCGCGUAGACUUUUUCGGCGGCAGCGAGGUCAGCUGGUCCGGCUCAAGCUUGUUGCAGCCGAGGCCGGUGUAUAACGUCACCAUCAACUCGCCCGAGACCGGCAUCUAUGGAAGUCUCAUCUUGAGAGGCAACACCGUCGCCCCCCACUAUACCUGCGGCACCGACGCAGCCGGCGUAAACGAGAAAAACGUCGAAGGCGUAGCCUGGGCCAACGCUCUCCCCGACGCUGAAGCAACAGUCGACCUCAAGCUCGGUGACACAUCCAUGUCCUUCUCCGGCUACGGCUACCACGACAAGACCUGGGUCGACCGCCCCUUCCAGGAAGCAAUCCAGGCAGCCUUCUGGGGCCAUGCCCGCCUGGGCCCCUAUGCCGUCGUCUGGUGGCACUCGCACGCGCAGGACGGCACCGAGAUCAGCUCGGAGUACCUUGCCACCUACGAGGACGGCCACGUGAUUGCUUCGAGAUGUGUCGAUCGCGCGAAUAAUACGCUGGGAUGGGGCGAGGGGCAGAUUUGGCCGCUUGUGCCUGGGACGCCGGCGCCUGCUGGAAUGAUUAUGCGGUGGGAUUUGGGGGAUGCAGGUGUCUUUGUGGCGAAUAUUACGAGUAAGGAUAUCUUUGUCACGAUUCCGUUCUGGCAGGCUGGUAGAGGACCUGUUUCUGGAGGGUUUGUUGGCGGGGAGCAGUAUACGGAUGAGACUGGUUUGUGGUCUCUCAACCAGCUCCCCAAGUUGUAG